GCUCAAUAAAACUGCCCACGAACGUUACAUCCCAAUACUUGAAAAUAUCGCCGCUACAAGAGAUACUCGUUGAAUUUGCGUUGGACUUGAUCAUGUCAAUUUACGCGUGAGAUCUCAUUGAUUAUCGUAGAAAAUUUCAUUUUUAGCAUUCAAACCUUCUCAAAGAAAGAUGACUUCGUUUUUGACAAAUGUGCUGGUAACAGCGGAAGAGAUGGAGAAAGUUGAUUUAAAUGAAAAGGUAACACAAAUACAGAAGGAAAUAUUAAAAUUGAAAUGCAACAUCAAAGAAUUUAUGGCUGACAAAUAUGUUGAAUUUUUACCAAAACUUAGUAAUGAUAAAAAACUUGUAUCUAGAGCUGAAAAACUGUUAGCAGAGUUGCAAACCUUAAGGAAACGGGUUGAUGACCAGAUUAAAAUACACCUGUACGGUUCAACGAGAGAAUUAAAGAAGUUGUCAAAUGCUUUAAAAGAAUCUGAUAUUAAUCUGAAAUUAACAAGAGAACUUCUAGAACUAAAUGAGUAUUUCAGGUCCAUUGAACAAUACAAAGAAAACAAACGUUACAUUGAUGUGGCAGAAACACUUAAAAAAAUGCUAACAUUAUUGAAUGACUCAGAAAGUGACUUGCAACACCUUGAUAUUUAUAGUUCAUUAAAAAAUAAUUAUUCCAGAUUGUAUGGAAUCUUCAAAGCUGAUACCUCAUUCCUUCUUCAAGAAUAUAUUUGUUUUAAAGAAAAGGAAGAAGAAGACAAAGGAACAGUUGCAAGUUUACAUUUUGACAGUAAUGUUACCCAAGUUUCAGAAUUAAUACAAGCUCUAUAUUAUGUUGAUCUUUUAGUUACUUAUUUGCAAAAAUUCUCUAUUAAACUAAUGAAACAUCUGAUACAACCUAUUAUACGUUACAAGUGUGAUGUUCGUGUUAUCGAUGAAAAGACGUUUAUUGUUCAAACGCUAAACAAAUCAGAGAAGCCAGUGUACAAAAGUGUGCUAUAUAACUUAACAUUAUUAUUCAAAUUUUUAAAUCAACAUAUCAAUGUUGUCUUAGAUGAUAAAAAUACCUUUAUAAGCAGAUUGCAUGCUUUCAUGUUUCAAGAGUUUUCCGAGAUCUUAAUCCAAGACUGUAUUUCAAACACCAUUCCAAGUUCUAGCAUAGAACUUGAAAGCUUUGCAGAAGUGGUGCAAGAUAUCGAGGAGUUUCAGGAUUGUUUAAUUCAAAUUGGAUUUAUUUCGAACGACGAAAGAUUUCUAACAAAAUACACCAUAAACAUUGACAAGUUGUAUGUCGAUAAAAGAUGUCAGGAUUUAUUGGCUAAAGCUAGAACUAUAAUGAAAAAAGAUCUUCAUGACUCAAUCAAGUAUGAAUUACAGAUGCCAUCAAAAAUAUCUGAAAAUCAUUUGGAAGAUGAUUCAGAAUUAUACCAGAAAUUAAGCAGUGCUACAUUCCACUCCCCAGUAUAUCACAUUAGUAAAAGUGCAAAAGAGUUAUUGGACCUUACAAAGGACAUCUUGGAUGAGGCUUGUCGAAGUAAGGAUGACUCUGCCCAGAGAUUAUUUUAUACAAGCAGAAAUGUGUUCGAGAUGUAUGCAAUAUUAGUGCCUCAAUAUCACAAAAAGUUUUUGGAUACAAUUCCACAACAAGUUGCUCUGUUCCAUAACAAUUGUAUGUUUCUUGCACAUCAUCUCCUAACAUUGGCUCAUGAAUAUAGAGACAAGUUGCCUAAGAUUCUCCUGAAACACAAUAUUACCUAUGCGGAUCAAACUACGCUUCUUCGCAAAAUUGGUUCUCAAUGUUUCUUGGAACAUAUGCUGUAUCAAAGGAAUAUCAUCAUUGACAUUCUAAGAGAAUCUGGGUUGUCAACGUUAGGGCAAGUUUCUAAAUUACUUGCAAAUACGGAACGUGCAUUGAGACAAUGCAUUAGGCAGUUAGAAUUACUACGUACAGUUUGGUUGGAAGUACUACCGACUAACAUUUAUUGCAGAGCAGUCGGCUGUAUCAUGAAUACCAUGAUUGAGGAUCUAAUUAUGAAAGUGGUUAGUGCCGAAGACAUUCCCGUCGAUGUUGCGACAGAGUUGGUCACAUUAUUUAACAUGUUGCUUGAUAGGGGUCCAUCUAUUUUUCCAGAUCCUAAAACGAUUGAACAUCACGUAAGGAAAUGGCGUAAGUUAACGGAACUGAUAAAAGUACUUGAAGCAUCGCUGAAAGAAAUUCAAGAUAGAUGGGCCGAUGGUAAAGGACCUCUUGCAGAGGCUUUCAAUGCUCAACAGGUGAAACAACUUAUCAGAGCGCUAUUUCAAAACACUGAACGGAGAGCAGCUCUAUUAUCCACUAUUAAAUAACAAACAAUGUACAAAUAUAACUAAAUAAACAUAAAGCUUAUUUUCACUUUUCAUAA